CAAAGCUAAGGGUCAUUUACUUUGGGUUAGUAGUAGUGGGUGUUCAAUAUUUGUCGCGGGCGCAGUCCAGUUUUACAGUUUGUUGGUCCUCUCUAUGGUUGGUUUAACAUGAAUUGAAUUGUUCAUUUAGAGGAAAUGUGGUGGAAAAUCUCAGUGAUACUGUUCUUAGCACUUACUUCAACAUCAGCACAAAGGGACUGUUCAAAAAACGAAUAUGAUCGCUGCAUAAAAAUUGCCGAUCCUUUAGUCAGAGAAGCCCAUCUAGUUUUUCCAGACAAUCUCAAAGACAUCGACCUUGUUUGUCGUGCAUGGAGCACGUUUGUGGACUGUUUAAAAGCCUACACAGAAAACUGUUUCACCGAUCAACAAAGGAAACAAUUUAAUAAAGCUGUGGAGAGUCCUAUUGAGAGUGUUCAUCAGAUGUGUAUGCAACCAAACUACAGAAAAGAAUACCUCCAAUACGCUCCUUGUAUAAAAAGUACGAUAAUUGAAAAAAUCCAUUGUGGGCCACAUUACAGUCUUCUAGUGGAUCAAGCCGAGCAAGGAGAUGUUAUAUCAAAAGCCACCCUUUGCUGCUCCCAUGAAAGAUUCAAGCAAUGCGUCCUAAAAGAAACCAGAAGACUAUGCGACCGAGGCAUUUCAGAUGGACCAGCUGCCAGAUUUGCCUCGCAAAUCAUCGACAAAGCUUUGAGGUUCAUGCAGGAACAAUGCAUCAAUAAUAUUCCAAAUUCUGCCGAUUGCACUUCACCCCACGACUCCUUACCAUCAUACUCCGACAGAUCAGAUCCUUUUUCAGUUAUAAACACGGCUUCGAGUGAAGUGUAUCCUUGGAGUACUCAACAACAAGAAAGAUUUCCAAAAGUAGCUUCAUCAACGCCUAGUAGCUGGGCAAUAUCUUCCAGUGGAUCUCCAUCAAGAGCUGAAGCAGAUAAUUCCAUAUUUCCUACUCAAAACUUAGGAACCCGUACUCGACCCGGUUCAUAUGGAAGAUCUUACAGCUGGCCUAUUGAUCCUUCUUCUACAACGACUGAAGCUUCAGUACAAUCAAGUACUCCACAGUAUAAUAAAGAAACUAUGGCUUCAUGGGACCUUUACAAUCGACUAAACAAUAUUAAUAACAGAAAUUCUGGUAAAAAUCCUCCUACUUCAUAUAGAUCAUCACCAACAGAAAACACUCCAUCAACUACCACGAAUCGAUAUGACUAUUCUAGUACACCGUUUUGGAACCCUUCUACUUCAGAAACUUGGUAUCCUGCUGCCGGGAAUCAGUUAACUAACGAAGUAGAUGAACCCAACCAGUUGGGUUUGAAGAAACCGCAAAAUUCAGGUUUUAGGAGUGAGAUUAGUGGAAUUUUGGGGUUGUUGGUAGUGAUAAUUAAUGUAUUAAGGACCAUGUAGAUUUGGGACUUUGAGACGUUAGUGCAAACUCUAUUUUAAUGAAGAUAUUUGGGUAGAGAGUAGGAGAAAUUUGAGUGCUUUUUCAGAUCUUGUAUUGCUCUUAACGUUUUUGUAGCUUCAAUGAAUACCUACUCAUUCUGUUUUCUGUUAUUUCUUUAUAUUAUUCAUCCUUUGUCUACAACUACUGCGGCACUAUCUUCAUGUAAUAUGCACACUGUAUCCACAACUGUGGAUUUAUGCAUGGGUCGCUUGUAUACGAAUGACUAAAUAAUAUCAGAAAUUCUGUGUAAAAAAGUUUUUCUCAAUGUAGACCAUCAUCAACGUACCUACAUAAUGCGUAUUCCAUCAACUGGCUAUAAAGUUUUUAAAUAAGUUUUAGUUUGUUUCAACACGUUUCUAAAACGAGCAUUUCGAUUAUUCACUUAACGUUGAAAGUUGUGAGAUUUGCACUUUAGGACGUUCUCAGUUACUUCAGCGCAGCGGACGUUUCUGAAACGUUUCGAUGUUCGAUGUUCGAUCGUAUACGUUUUUGAAAGGUUCCUGUGCUUUUGAGAUUAGAGAUAAGGUAUAUUCUAGAAUUAGUAGCGACAAGGUAGGAAAGCAUAAAAACAUAGAAUCCCGUAUUUCUCUUGCUCUCAACUUUUUUUAACACUUAUUCAAUAUUUUUUUUGUAAGUAGGUAUCUUCUGAUCUCUGUUUAUCAUCACUUUAAUAUUUUCAUUUUGCUUUGUAUUAAUGUAUUAUACCGAUGGUUUGCUAUUUUAAAGCUUUUAUCAUGUAACAUAUACUUUUUUUUUAAUUGAAUGUACCUAAACAAAUGCACUAGUCAGUUGAUUAAUUUGUAUCAAAUAAUUAUAUAUAUAAAUAGUUAAUAAAUAUCUGUAUUACUUAAAUAAAUUGAAAGACAAGCA